AUGGACCGUGUCCCAAACUUCGUAGUCGUGUUUAUGUUCUUUCUCAUCUUCGCAAUCACACAUGCAGAAAAAGAAGAAGUGAAGCAGGCACUAGUAACAUUCAUGGGGAAACUCUCUCCUCAGAACGUGCAAAGGGACGCGAAUUGGGGUUGGAAUGUGACCUCAGACCCCUGCAUUGACAAAUGGCGCGGCGUGGGCUGUGACAAUGGCUUACAGACAGUGAAGAAGAUAGCUCUUGAUGGCUACAAUUUCACCGGAGUUCUUGAUGCCGGUUCUCUCUGCGUGACAACAUCCCUUGCUGUCCUUAGCUUGAGUGACAACAAUAUCAGCGGAGAGAUACCAACACAGAUAGCAAAUUGCAACGACUUGGGUCACUUGUAUCUUGGCGGGAAUCACUUCUCGGGAAACCUUCCCGCCUCUCUCUCCCAGCUUCGCAACUUGAAGAGGCUGGACGUGUCGAAUAAUGACUUGUUUGGUGAGUUGCCUGAUCUGCGUACAAUUUCAGGAUUGCUAUCAUUUUUAGCUCAAAAUAAUCAGCUCAGUGGAGAAAUACCAAAAUUUGAUUUCUCUGAACUGAUGCAAUUCAAUGUCUCAUACAACAAUUUAAGUGGUCCAAUUCCGGAUGUGAAUGGCCAUUUUGGUGCAAGCAGCUUUAUGGGUAAUCCUGGAUUAUGUGGCGAACCAUUGCCAAACCCAUGUCCAAUGCCUCCACCGGCUAAAAUAUCGAGAGGGCUCUCUUACUUGGUACCAAACUAGUAGCUAGCAUGCAGCUAGAUUCGAAUUCAGAUUCUUU